AUGUCUAAAUCAGAGGAACUUGUUUCUUUGAGCUCUUCUGACAGUGAUUCUGACAGUGAUGUUGACAAAAAGUUACAGAGGAAAAAGCAAGUUACUUCAGAAAAACCUGCAAAGAAGCAGAAGACUGGUGAAACCUCCUCCAAGCAGAGCGGCAGCAGCCGAGAUGGUAACAUGGUUCAGGUUGGAAAAAUGGGGUCCGUCAGUGUUUGGGACUUUGAAGGAAAAGUCCUUAUUGACAUUAGAGAAUAUUGGGUGGAUCCAGAAGGUGAAAUGAAACCAGGGAGAAAAGUUAUUUCUUUAAUCCUGGCCGUGGAGCCCGCUGAAGGAACAGAUUUCUGA